GUAACAAAAGGCAGCUGCGGUCUGAACGGAGAGAAUAGGUGCUCGCCAAGUCAGGUUUAGGCAGGGCUCCUAAAGUCUUUCAGCAGAGAUCAUCCUCGCCCUGUCCCUCGUAUUCGGAAGACUUGCUUUGUUCAUCUUCACUUCUCGUAGCAGUCUCGCGUUUCUUGUUCUCUUUGUGGAGUUUACCCCCUUUGCAUUGAUGUUGUACGCCAACGAAAAUCAGACGAAUAAUUUGAAAAGGUGCAGGUUUCUUUCCAGAGGAUGGCGAAAAAAGCAGCUAAUCAGGACAAUGAGGCGCUCUACUGCAUCUGUCGGAAGAAAUAUCGAGAGGGCGUGUUUAUGAUAGAGUGUGACGUUUGCGAGGAUUGGUUCCAUGGAAGCUGUGUGUCCAUUUCGGAGACCGAAGGCGAUGAUAUUGACAAGUUUCACUGCCCAAGCUGCACCAAAGCCCAUGGAUCGACUGUCUAUAAGCCCAGACGCAACAAUCACAGGCAUGCCUUUUCGGAGGAUGGUGCUGAGAACAAGGCUGUCCAGGCGGGCACUGUUGCGUUCGUUAAAUGGCUCAAGAAGCGUCCGUUUGAGAGUGCCGAUGGCAUAGUGAAGUACAUGAGGGGUGCCGACGUCACAGUUGCCAAACUUGAGAAGCAAGGUUUUGAGCACCCGAUAAUGGUGAAGGAGAAGAAAGGUCUAGGAUUGUUUGUGCCUCCAUCGGACUUUGCAGUAACUGACGUUGCCAGGCAUGUUGAAUCGACUCGUCAAGUGGAUGUCAUUGACGUGAACCGCCAGGAGGAUUUCAAGAUGUCCAUGCCGGACUGGUGCGACUACUUCAACACGGCGCCAGAGAAGCGCGAGCGCACUCUCAAUGUUAUCAGCCUGGAGUUCAGCGACACACAACUAUCAGAGUUUGUAGAGCCACCCAGUGUUGUGCAACAGAUAGACUGGGUGCAGACAUGCUGGCCUGAGCACUGCCAAGAACCAGAGCAGGUCAACUCUUCUCCCAAUGAAGAUGGAACUGGAAAGAAACCCAGCCGUCCCAAGGUACAAAAGUACUGCCUGAUGAGCACCCAGAAUUCGUACACAGACUUCCACGUUGACUUUGGUGGCUCAUCCGUCUGGUAUCAUGUUUUGAAGGGAGAGAAGGUGUUUUAUCUGAUCCGGCCUACCCCUGAGAACCUGGAACAGUAUGCCCAGUGGCACGAAGAGGACGCACAGAGUGAAAACUUCCUAGGCGACCUGGUCGAUCACUGCUAUGAAUGCCGUGUGAAGCCUGGAGCAACGCUACUGAUCCCGUCCGGUUGGAUUCACGCUGUCUUGACUCCCGUUGAUUCGCUGGUGUUUGGCGGGAAUUUUAUCCACUCCUUCUCAAUACCGUUGCAGCUUGAAAUUAAUCAGCUAGAAAUGCGUCUCAAAGUCCAGGACCGUCAUCUGUUCCCUCAUUUUGAGAUGCUCAACUGGUAUGCAGCUGUCCACAUUACGAAACAAGCGGAAGAGUAUCGUAAGGCCGGACGAGAUGUUCCACACUACAUUCAGAAUGGUCUUGCCGCGCUGCAUCGUGGCAUGAGGAGCUGGACCCAGCCAGAUAAAAUCUACUUCCACCGCUGUGAGAUCCCAGACAGUCUAGCGUACUCCCGGGUGUUGCGUAACAUGGCUGACGAAAUAAAGGCUCUGGGCCUGUCGGAAGGCAAGACUAUUGCCAAAUCUCCUCGACAGCCGUACCAACGCACGCCCUCCAUCUCCACGGUAACACGCAGCUCGGAGCAGCGCACUGUACCCACCGUACCCAAGACGCACACGACGUUUUCUGAAGGUGGUGGCGGUGUGAGCGUCACGGCAGCACCACCGCCACCACCAGCAGCAGCCAAGACGAAACUGGCCAUGCUGCCGGUGAGGCAAGGCAGUGUUGUCAAGACAACCACUCCGCUUUCCCUCCCGCCCGCGUCGGCCAAGUACGGUGGGCCUGCAGUGGAGCGUGGUCUUGAAGCCCUCAAGCGUGCCACUUCCCUAUCGCCGAAUGACAUUGAGACACCUCCCAAGAUGAAGAAGGAAUCAUAGCGGUGUGUCGCUUGAAUCACCCUCCUCCCUUUCCUCCCUUCGACUCGCGCAAUGAUACUGCCUAUAACUUGAACUGUACUGACAAGGCUACAAACUGAAUAUUUCAAUCAUCUACCGACCACUACUCUCAACAGCAUUGUUUUAUGUCUUGACACUAUAUCUUGCUUUUACUCCCUCUCACUAUUCUCUUUUUUAGAUGCCUGAAAUGGCCGGACUUGUCAAACCUGCUUGUCCAUCUUUAUUGACUUGCCUCCUCUAGUGCAUGCUGCUUUCGUCUUGCCGUGAAUUUAGAAUUAUAGUAGAAAGAGAAUUCUAUUUUUAUCGGAUGAAUGCUUAGAUCUCGUAUCUUCCGAAUAUGGAUAUGGGAUGUUGUUUUUGUUGUUGUUGUGCGGGUCUAUACCCGUAGUACACAACAUGUAACAUUAGGGGCAAUCUUGCCGCCAUGAAAGUUGAUGAAACCCACGCUAUUCUUGUGUUGGCUGUUGGCUUGUGCCGUUGCCUGGUGUUAUUGCCUAGGUGUGCUAUUAUGUUUGCACAUCUUGCACAGGUGUGCUGCCGCUGCUGCUGCUGCUAACACACAGGUGUGUGGGUGCGUGUGUGUGUGUGUGGGCGUGUGUGUGCGCGCGCACGACAAACGCUACUUAUUAUCUGGGCUUACCGGUUCUUGUAAACAGCAUUAUUGAAGACUGCGUACAGUGCUACCAGUACUAACCACGCUGUACCUUGUACGCUCCAACAGACACGCAUUACUGAAUGCUGUUUGUUCUUCUCGGCUUUGUUAUACAAUGUAACGUUAUUAUUGUGUCUCCCCUUCCCCUUCUGAAGUUAUUGAAAAGUUGAGUUGAGUGCUCUGAUUACGGAAACAAUCUGAAUACAAUGUUCUAUCAUCGUG